CUGCCAGUGGGAUAACGACUUCUUGUGGUAAAUUUAUUUUGGUGAGAGAUUUUUAGCAGGCGCACGACCGCACGGUGCGCCUGUCACAGACGCUGAAGGUGCCGAGGGGCUGUUUUAACAGGACACGCGACCUAUAUUCAUUGGCCCAAUGGUAAGUUGUCAGUCAUUGGCAACCCAGGCUCAACUGUCAGCCCACUGCAGGAUACCUGAAGUGUCCGUUCUGAAAUGAAGGGCUCCAUGCUGCGCAUUGGAAACUAAAACCCUCUUGGGCGCGCCAAACAAGACUGUCCCGCAUACUUCUGACUCACCGCAGACAACUGCACAUCCUCUUCAGCUGUCCUCUCACUGACCGUGGACCACCAUGGAGGAGGCGCAGCUACUGAAAGAGCGACUUCAAGCCAUCACGGAAAAGAGAAAGAUUCAAGAGGAUAUUGCCAAAAAAAGGACAGAAAUUGAUGAGGAAAAGUUAAAGCUUCAAUACCUAAAGAAAAAAGCACUACGGGAGCAGUGGCUCCAGGAUGGUCUGAGUGUCCAGAGUUCACAGGAGUUGGAAGCCAGGAGACUGCAGGCCCAGGGCCACCAGCAGCAAGCCAGACUACUGCAGAUCAACAUUCAGAGGAUGGAGCAAGAAGUUGAGGCCCUGGAGAGGCAGGAGAUGGUGAUUUCAAAAAACGAAGGUUUUAUCCUGAAACGACUGAAAGCCAUUGAGAAAUCUCCCGAAGACAUAAUAAAGGAAGCAAAGGCUGAUGUCAAGAAAGAGCCAGCCCAGGGUGUUUAUUCUGCAAUUCCAUACAUCCCAAAAUCUUACAAAUCCCCAAACCUGAAGAAACAGAAAAGUACGGAUCUAGAAGUCAUGGAUUCGUCUAAAAAAAGCCUGUUUGCCAUGGAAAUCAAUGUCCAGAAGGACCUGCGGACAGGGGAGAGCCAGGUCCUGUCCACGGCAGCAGUCACUGACCGGGAGUUCCAGCAGAAGGGCAUCAAGGUCUACGACGAUGGGAGGAAGUCCAUCUACGCCCUUGGCUCGGAGGGCCAGGUCCUCCCAAACAGAGUGGACAACCUCACCCCGGCGGAGGUAGAGGAACUUCUGAGGAAGGCCACGAUAAGGAAGUCCAAGGCAGGGCAGGAGCACCACGAGCCCAGCUCCUAUAGCAGCCGCAAGAAGUUUGAGCCGGGGCAGGCGAGCCAGGGUCUUCACAGGCUCCAGGAGCCUCACCAGAGGACCCCUCCAGAGCUCUGUUACAUGCGGUCUGAGGGGGAGGCAAGGCCUCUGGCGCCACACGUUCCGCGCCCCACCAGAGGUAGGCCGGACACCACGAAUGGCUGCAGCCAUUUCUCCAAUGGCUACGAAACGGGGUCGACAGAGAAUGGGCAGAACAGCAGGCAGGCCCCCUACCUGGAGCACAGGGAGGAUUACAGACUGGCACCGUUUGAAGAUUCCAAAUGCAGGAACAGGAAGUCGGCAACAGCUCACUCUGACAACUCCAAAGUCAGCGUCCUGAACGCCACGCCGAUCAACAUGGACUCAACGGAGCCCGUGACCAUGAUCUUCAUGGGAUAUCAGAGAGUGGACGACCCCGACGAGGGUAACCAGCAGGGGCUGGGCUACGAGGGGGCGAUUCGGGCUGAGCUGGUGGUCAUCGACGACGAGGACGACGAGAGCCAUGACCCACAGUGGUCACACCAACCGGAUGGCAACCAUGCCUACAGUAACCUCGGAACAGCAGGAAUUGAAUGAGCCAGCUGCACAGCAUGACCUGCAAGCAACAUGGUGUACAGUACCUGGCGUACAGACUCCACAAAAUGAAAGUCAAGACAUUAUGCCCAUCGGAACAACCUUCUGCAAAUGAGACCUUCCUUGCCACCCCCCACUUGGAGGACUGCUUUAUUCAAACAUGUCACAGUGAUGACAGGUUGAGUUUGUACAUGCAGCCUCCUCAGUCUACCUUACCGUCCCCCACCUGGUUGUCCCAGAAUCUAUCCCCACUCACAUUUGUGCACCCAGGUCAGCACACAAUUAAAAUCUUUUUUAAAGAAUAUAAACAAAAAAUAAAUUUCAAUGGGCAGACAGUGAUACUACGGCAGACAGGCAUAUAGAGAGACAGACGGACAGACACAGGCAUGUGUACAUUCACGCAAUACAACAAAGAAAACUGAGAUGAAGAGCGUUACUGUCAGGAAGAGUUACUGUCAAUCAGGAAGAACACAUAAGUACUUUCAUACAAAACAAAAGACUUAACUACUGAGUGCAGAGGGGGUUUUGCAGAGUAUAAGACUGAUUCUAAAUCCUGGCCAGUCUCAGCACGUGCCUCCAACCCCAUGGCCCUCCAACAAAUUACUUACAGAAGACAGCUGUCGAGAGAUUUCAAAUCCAGACCAGCACUGAAUUAGCAGCUCAGUCAUAGUUCAUUAAUGAAGAACUCCUUAAAAACGGAUUAGCCAAGCCCAGGAACUGAGACCAGCACAGACAAUGGGUCAGCAGGUCCAGGACAAAGAAGCUACUGUGAGCCAAGCAUGCAUGGGAACUAUACAACAUGUAAAGUAUUUGUUUCCAAAAAUGGCCAAUGUCCAAAAACUUAAUGAAUGCAAAUGUGAUCAAAAACCAGGUUACCAUAAUGUCAGAUCUAAAGCUGUUUUUGGAGGGGAUAAUAGCAUAUCUUUUUUUCGUGCCAUUUUGCUGCUUUUAAAAUGAAUGUGCCAUACAAAUGUUUAGAUAAAUCUCUUCUUUGUGUGACUCACACUGAAUAAGUGCCUUUGAAAACUGCUUUUUAAGCUGCUAUCUCAGUUUUGCAAGUAUUUUGCCACUGUGCACUUUAUGUAACUGCUAUUAGUUCACAAAUCAGCACCACAGCAUUCAUUAACGCCAGAGUAAUGCAAUGUGUACUAAAAUUCAAUAAAGUGAUCCUGGUUAUCUCGCA